AUGACGUCAAGGUAUCGCGAGAGCGGUUGACAGCAACACAGAGCUCAUUUAAAUUUGGCCACUAGAGGGAGCUUCACUUCAAUGUCAAACUACAUCUCUGUGUAAAGUUUAUCAGACUCAAAAUCACAGGAAAACAGGAUGGUGAUAAAUUGCUCUUCUAUUCUGUUUGGAGAAGCAGCACUUGUGGAUUAAGAUCAGAGAGAAGACACGUAUCUGGCUUACGUAGUUCGUCAGUUCACAAGCUCAUUUAUCCACCCUAGUGGUGCAAGAUUCUAUCACACCACAGAGAUGCUUUUGUUAGAACUGCUUUGAUUCUACAUGGCAUUGAAUCAACAAGGUGCUGAAAGCAUUCUUUAGAAAUCUUGGCCCAUAUUGAUAGGAUAGCAUCUUGCAGUUGAUGGAGAUUUGUGGGAUGCACAUCCAGGGCAUGAAGCUCCCGUUCCAUCACAUCCCAAAGAUGCUCUUUUGCAUUGAGAUCUGAUGGAAUCUUCCUCGGGUUACAGCCUGUGCUGUAACACGUCCCAUCGGAUUGGCACAACUUGCGGCCAAUUACCGGAAGAAGCGGUGUGUUCUGCCGGGUGAUUUACACCAUGUGCUGUAAGGAGGGAAAUGCAAAGAAUUGCUCCGUUAAAUCAACACGGAAAACUGCUGCUGCCCAGGAGACCAUCAGAGAUGAUCCACCACAUACCUUUUGCUAACUGUACUCUGGAAGAGGUGAUGAAAAAAGAGGGUGUCCAAGCAUGUUAAAGAGGAGGUGUGGCGUUGUGUUAGACCUCCUUAAACUCACAUGUCUAUGUUCCGGAUUGAGAGCUCAGUCAGUGGUGUAAGAACAGAAAUAGGCUGUCCUUACUGGGCGGAACAGACUUCUCAUACCAGCUGCGUGGACCGGACCACACAUCUCCCUUAAAGAAAAGAAACUUAAACUGUUGUUUUGAACUUUUUACGAUCAUUCGUGAGAUAAACCUUUUCUGCGUAUUUCAGAAGAUCUGAAAGGAUGAUUUUCAUCUCAUCUAAAAGACUGAAUGGACGUUUAUGCCCCGUGCGUCCUCAGGACAUCUGAAUCUUCAAUGUGACUUUCACGCAUCUUCGGAAAACAGGUUCUUAUACCAGGAGGUUUGGAGAACAUUUACUACAUUUAAACUUUAAUAAUGCAACAUCCUUUGGAAAUUGGGGCACACUUUUAUCCCCCGGAUGCCCAUCCAGACCAAAGGUCUCACAGGUACAGGAGUUUCAUGAUUGAAGAGAUCCUUACAGACCAUCCGGAUAACAAGAUAUCAAGUCCCGCUGGAGACCUUCUAAAAUUUGGAGUACAUGCCCUUUUGUCGGCUAGACCAUAUCACAACCACUUGGUCCUGAAAGCUGACCAGACAAGCAUCCUAAAGUUUCCAGUAUCUCCUCUGUCCUGCUCACUCGGAGCGCCGCUUAGCUCUGCUCUUUUAUCCGGGGCUGCGGGUCUACAAGUGGGCUCAUCGUCUCAUCAUCUCCCGCUGGACCUCCAUCUCCGCGGUAAACUCGAUCCGGGAGGGGACGCAGUGAGCAAGACCAAGAAAGGAAGAAGAAGUAGGACUGUGUUCACUGAAUUGCAGCUAAUGGGUCUGGAAAAAAGAUUUGAGAAACAGAAGUAUCUCUCAACCCCUGACAGAAUAGACCUGGCAGAGUCUUUAGGCCUCAGUCAGCUUCAAGUCAAAACAUGGUAUCAAAACAGAAGAAUGAAAUGGAAAAAAAUCGUCCUACAAGGAGGAGGACUAGAAUCACCAACCAAACCUAAAGGUCGUCCAAAGAAAAACUCAAUACCCAGCAGUGAGCAGCUCUCUGAGCAGGAGAGGACUCGAGAUGCCGAGCGCUUAUCCGACGGUGCUUCGUCACUUUCUGAUGCAAACCAGGAGGAAUAAACGAGACCAUACAGACCUAUGCGAAUAUUUACGUGUCCAGGACUCAGAGAAGACCAUCAUCGGCCUCUUUGGAUCAUUGCGCACCGAUGCCUUUGGCACUUACAUAAAGACUUAACCACUUGGCCUGUUUUUGUACUACCUAUGUUUUGUCUGUUUGUUUGAUUGCGCCAACUUUUUGCGGCCCUCGAAAAGUGAUCUUGAACUUGUUUUCCAGUGACCAGACUCCGAUCAGUGGUUAGUAGGAAUGGUCUUUCUGCGUUGAAGGCUGUGGUAUCAGACUUUUAUCAGCAUAUAUUGUUAUUUUUGCUUUAUUUUUAUGUCAACAAUAUUCUUAAAAAAAAGAAUUAAAUGCCAGUUUUUCAAAGACAGCUCA